AUGUUCAAACCAGUAGACUUCUCAGAAACAUCUCCUGUCCCGCCUGAUACUGAUCUUGCUCCCACACAAUCGCCACACCAUGUGGUGCCUAGCCAGGACUCCAAUUAUGACCUUCUACGCCGGGAUUCUGAUAAUAAAACUGAGGGUGAAAAAUAUCCACACGAUGAACUAUCUAAACAUUUACCGCUAUUUCAAAAGAGACCUCUGAGUGAUACACCCAUAUCUAGCAGUUGGAACUCCCCCCGAAUCACUGAGGAAAAUACCCCUUCAGAUUCUCCUGAAAAUAGCGCUACAAAUUUGAAAUCACUCCAUCGACUGCAUAUCAAUGACGAGACCACAUUGAAGAGUGCUAACAUUCCAAUGGACGAUGUUAACGAUUACAUUCCUCCAUCGGAUGAAACAAAUGAGGUGACUCGUAUUGAUUUGAAAGAUGUCAAAUCCCCUUCCAGGCAUCAUAAAAGAAGACCUACUACUAUCGAUGUUCCUGGCUUGACGAAAUCCAAGACUUCUCCAGAUGGUCUCAUAUCGAAGGAAGAUAGCGGGUCGAAAUUGGUUAUUGUUAUGGUCGGGUUACCAGCCACGGGAAAGUCAUUUAUUACAAACAAAUUAUCCCGAUUUUUAAAUUAUUCUUUAUACUAUUGUAAAGUCUUUAAUGUUGGUAACACUAGAAGAAAAUUUGCCAAGGAACAUGGGUUGAAAGAUCAGGAUUCAAAGUUUUUUGACCCGAAAAAUACCGAUUUUACUAGAUUGAGAGACAAGUGGGCCAUGGAUACUCUCGAUGAAUUGUUAGACUAUCUAUUGGAAGGUGCCGGAUCUGUAGGUAUUUUUGAUGCUACUAAUACUUCCCGUGAGAGAAGGAAAAAUGUGUUGGCUAGGAUUAGGGAAAGAAGUCCUCAUCUGAAAGUUUUAUUUUUGGAAUCCGUCUGUUCAGAUCAUGCCUUGGUACAAAAAAAUAUCAGACUCAAAUUAUUCGGUCCAGAUUAUAAGGGUAAGGAUCCUGAAAGCUCUUUAAGAGAUUUUAAAAGUCGUUUAUCAAAUUACUUGAAGGCCUAUGAACCUAUUGAAGAUGACGAGAACUUGCAAUAUAUCAAAAUGAUAGAUGUAGGAAAGAAAGUCAUCGCAUACAACAUCCAGGGGUUUUUGGCUUCACAAACAGUUUAUUACUUGUUAAACUUUAAUUUGGCUGAUCGACAAAUUUGGAUAACAAGAAGUGGUGAAAGUGAAGAUAAUGUUUAUGGUCGUAUUGGCGGGAAUUCUCAUCUAACUCCCCGUGGCCUAAGAUUUGCCAAAAGCUUACCAAAAUUCAUUGCCAGACAAAGAGAAAUCUUUUAUCAAAACCUUAUGCAGCAAAAGAAGAAUAAUGAAAAUUCAGACAACAAUUUAUACAAUGACUUUUUUGUUUGGACUAGUAUGCGUGCCAGGACCAUAGAAACCGCCCAAUAUUUCAACGAAGAUGAUUAUCCCAUCAAGCAAAUGAAAAUGCUGGAUGAGUUAAGUGCAGGAGAUUAUGACGGUAUGACAUAUCCAGAGAUCAAAAAUGAUUUCUCAGAAGAAUUUGAAAAAAGACAGAAGGACAAAUUAAGAUAUAGAUACCCUGGUAUUGGUGGUGAAUCCUAUAUGGAUGUCAUCAAUAGACUGAGACCUGUGAUCACGGAACUAGAGAGAAUCGAGGAUAAUGUUCUUAUUAUUACACACCGUGUGGUUGCAAGAGCUUUAUUGGGAUAUUUCAUGAACUUGAGUAUGGAUAUUAUUGCCAAUUUAGAUGUCCCAUUACAUUGCGUUUACUGUCUAGAACCAAAACCCUACGGAAUCACUUGGUCAUUAUGGGAAUAUGAUGAGACAUCGGAUUCAUUUUCUAAGGUCCCACAAACGGACUUGAAUACCACAAGAGUGAAAGAAGUUGGACUUGUUUAUAAUGAAAGAAGGUACUCUGUUAUACCAACGGCUCCACCGAGUGCAAGAAGCAGCUUUGCAAGUGACUUCUUGUCAAGAAAGAGAUCCAAUCUUACUUCUGCGUCUUCUUCUCAGAAUGAAUUGUCAGUACAGCCCAAAACUAGUGUUAGUGCUCAAACCAAUAGCAAUAAUUCUACCGUCACGGGAAGCAACGUUAACAUCAAUAAUAAAAAUGGUGAAUCUAAAAUGCCAUUGUCUGCACCAUUGAUGACAUCCAGUGCUUCCAACAACUUUUUGGAUGGCGGCGGUACCUCAAUUUCGAUUCACCGUCCGAGAAUUGUUCCAAACCAAAAUAAUGUCAACCCUUUAUUGGCCAACAAUAAUAAUACGACUUCUGACGCAUCUAAUAUAAAGAAAUCAGAACCGACGCCAAGACAGAUGUUUGAAAUAGAUAAGGUGGACGAAAAGUUGUCUAUGUUGAAGAACAAAAGUUUUCCAUUACAUGGUAAAGAUUACUCCACUGACAAUGAUGAUAAUAACGUCACUGAUAUCAGGGCAAGGACGAUGACUCGGAGCCAAAGCCACGUUUGA